AUGGACACGUACCGUAGUCAUGCAUGCACUCGUUUCCUUCUCAGAACCCGGUCGCUAAAUGACCCUCUUUUUUCUCAAAUAGGUAUCUCGAAUUUCAGCGUCGCGCUGUUGCAGAUCGAUUUGGAAAGGGAUCCCUUCAUCCUACUUGUGGAACUACUUCACGGUAUCUGCCAUGACUUUGCGAGACAACCGCACUGCGACCGCCGUUCUGUGUCGGACACAUCCGAUCAUCACACCACAGGACCACCUUCUGCCUCGACACAAAUUUCAUCGCUUGCUUCACCACACCCCAAUCACCUGAUCGUCGCUCGGUUGAACGUUUUGGUCUUGCUUUCCAACCGCUUCGCUGCCAAUUCUAUCGCAUCCACACAUCAUAAUCAUUCGACCACGCGUUCCUGCAUACUUCGGGCUGUCUUCUAUGUGCUGCGAAUGGUGCUAUGGUCUCGGAACCGUUCUGUUCGUUGUGCUUCACUUCGUUGCCUGCGAUAUUAUCUGCGUUCUGUGUCGGACGUUCAUCUAUUCCUGGAGUCUCAGCUGGACUUCAUGGUUGCGAGGUGCCUUGAUUUGUCGUACGCGCCCGAGCCGAAUUCUAGUCUCACACGUGCUGUUGCUCCCAUCCCACAUGGGUUACUGGAUUCCACCUACGAAAAUGCUUUCGGCUUCGGAUUGUCCCCCGGACAGCUUCACCUCCCAUACGUACCGUGCACGCAGAUACCUGAAAAUGGAGAAGCUUCGGGAGAUCAUCAAGUUGCUUGGUCACGAAAACCGAUACAUCCAAAGCUGCGCCAAUCUCUGCUGCCUCGAUCUUCGCGAAAUCCAGGCCCGGUUACUUUUGCCUUCAAUUCAAGCAACCACUCUCUCGCGACCUCGAUGCCUGCGUCGGCUGAGCGGCAUUCAUUUCUGCGCCUAGCUUAUCACUUGGUUCGACUGGCACCACACCUGUUUCCUUCUAGUCUAAUACAAGCCGUGGCGGCUCCCUGCCUACGUGCCGGUCGGUUGGCUUCCUCCUGCCGACGUGAUCCUCUCAAUAAGAAGAACCUUCGUGAUACGCGCCAUACCCAGGCUUUUCCUCUGCUGACCAACUACCGUGUUGAUGCGGAUGCUCUGGUCGAUUCUUGUGCCUUAUCAACACGGGACGUAGCUGUUCGCAGUGGUCUUCUCAUACUUUCAGAGCUAGGUAGUCUUUCUCAUCUUAAUCCGAUGAAUUCAUCCCGAUUCCUCUCAUACAUCGGUCUCUUGAACAGCUUCCAACGUUCACACCCUUACAUUUCAUCCGCCGCUUGUGCCAAACUAUUCCUACUCACAAUGCUCCAAUCCUGGCCAGGGCUCUCCUACUUUCUCAACACAGGUCUGUCAUGUCUACAAACUAUUAUGCAUAAUCUCACUAUGGGAACCACUGAGAUGCGAAAUCUGGUUCUGGAUUUACUGUUCAGUUUGUUCCCCUCACUGCCGACUCUACAUCCGUCCAUAGAGCAUUUGGAAGCAGCUAUUCUCAGUUUGACAGAGGCUUUGGCCACUCAAGCAUCUAGCACCCUUCCCGUUUUCUCCAGCCGCGCUUCGUCGACACAGCCCCAAUCGACCAGUGAAGGUGUCCUACUACCUCAGAGACAGCUGGCAUGGGAUAUCACUGGAGGGUUUGUGGCCACUGAAGGCUGUCUGUUGUUCCCUCACUGGGCUUUGCUCUCCGGUUCCACCAUUGACCUCGUUCAAUGUCAUUCCGCACUCCUUUUGGCUACCCUUAUCCAAGCUGGCGUUUGCGAGGGUCUUAUACGGGCCAUUUCCGAUGUCAAUGAGGCCACCUCCACCCGAGCCGGUUUAUUAUUAGGAUUUAUAUCUUAUAAGUCUUCCACACUUCUUCCCUAUGACCAUCCGACUAGUCGUCGUGUGCGUCGUGUUUGCGAGACACUUCAGCCAUGCAAUCCUAGCAACCGUUUGGCUGUGCUUUGGCUCGACCGCGUGCAUCGCGUGAUGCGCUCACAUGACCUGAUGCGCUCCACCAAUCCUGCCAAUUUCGUUCGUGUCCCGUUGCACUCUCCAUUCCUCGAGUGUUUGGCUCACCCCACAGCACCGCAUAGGCCCAACGAACUCAAUCCUACCACCGUGUCGUCGCAUUCCCAUCUUCUUCAGGUCUUAGAGACGUGGAUUGACCAACUCAUUUUCCAAUCGAAUGUCAUUCAACCCAUACCACUGAAAUCUUCCAUCUCUAAUCGUCCAAGUACACCUCCAUCGAACCUUAUUAUGGAUGUGGACCAAUGGGAUUGGGACUCGUUACUGUCAUUGGGCCGAUACCUGUUUGAUCUACGGUCCACCAUCUCAUGGGAGGAGCAUCAUAGGAUGGAUUUUCUUCAUCGUGUGAUGGAAUUCAUCACGCCUCCCACAGAAUGGUUUUCCAAAUGUCCCCACGAUAAGUCAUCCGUUGAGGGAGUUUGUGCCACCGCUGGCAAACUCAGUCCCCUCGAUGCUAGUAAUUUGGUCUCUACGAUGGACGCUGCUUCGGCCCGGUGCUUUCGCAAGGACAAAAAUUCAACUCCUAUAUCUCAGCGCCAAAGAUCGUUCAGCGCCAUCACCAGUGGUGCUCCCGGUGUCAAUUUCUCCCUUCCAGACUCCUCUUGGACCUCAGGGGUUCUCCGUUCCAACUUGGCUCUUUUGUCGCGUACUUGGCACCAUGCUUCUUCUGCUGCUAUCUUGAUGACCGGAUUGAUUUUGCAUUUAGCUCUAUAUCCCACGACAUGUGAACCUGGUCGAUUGUUAACGAAAUUUCUCUCUGCCAUACGCGAAACUUUGAGUGCAUCUCUGGAUCGUCUAUCAAGCAGAAUGUGUGCUCCUUCGGAGGACGUUGAUGUGUUCCAUCCGAACCGAUUGGCUGACAGCUGUUCUGGCUUGCUUUUUCUGGCUCUUGGGCGCCUUACUUCCAACGAGGCUGGUGAGGCACAUCUCGAGUCUAGUGGACUUUGUCCUCUCUUUCUCAGACUAUUCACAUUUCCUGCCCCGUCGAAUGAGAAACAUGUUGUGCAUCGGUCUUUGCUAGCAAAACUACUGCUCUCUUCACUGGAUUUCACGCGUUCCGGUGGAUUGUCUCAAAAGAUUCUAACAGCUGCUGUCGAGAGCGAUUCGAAGUCGAUCCAACUGUACACCGUUCAGCUGAUGCGAUUACUUCUCAGACUCCGCACACCACUCGACUGCGCCUGGUACCUGGACCUCAUCAGCAAACUCUGUUUUAAUCUUUCGCUGCGUGUUUCUCACCAGGCUCUUCAACUGCUUGAGGAGACCUGUUCCAAUCCUGUGUGCUUGCGAAUGCUAACUUCCCUCGUGUUGCGUGAUCCUUCCUCCGGGACGCCUACCGCUUUGUCCGAUCUUCUUACCCCUCUCGGAUUUCGAUUGUUAGGUCGCACUUCGGGUCCCAUCGGACACAGGAUCUUCGGCCAUAUCUUAUCGCACGGAGCUGCAUUUCACCGCAUUGCGUCGUGCACCCUGAAACCAGUGGAUCGUACCGUUUCACCGACACAUUUGAACUUGCAAAGUGGAGAAUCCCAGGCGGAAACCCUAAUAGAUUGGAUGUUGAAUGCGGCUCGAUCGAGCUUCAACCUGGCCUACGUACUAGAACUGGACAACCGUCUAAACGGCUUGUUUAUCCCGUCUAUGUCACGGCCACGAUUAUCGAUCCAACCCUCCGAUGAGGCAUAUGAAUGGCUACGCCUACAUUGCUGUGAUUCUGCAUGUCCGUCACGGGCUCACCUUGAGGACUCUGACAACAAUGAUGAUGACUCCUUCAGCCUAGACGAUUUGUAUCGGCCGAGUAAUCAGGAUUUUGGAUUUCUUGAAUCUGCCUUCAACUUGACAGAAACAUCAACCCAUUCCCUUUUCGUGAAGCAGCACGGUGCACCAAGACACCGUCUUGCUGAUGACCUAUUCUCUCUUCCUAUUCCAGUGCAUUUGUACGGCUGCCUUGCCGUACACGAAGCCGGAUUUCAAUUGCUGGUUUCCCGAGGUGACCUGGAGACCUUGCUUGGAACUCUGAAUGCAUCGGUGCAAGCUUCCGUCAAACAGCCAUCAGGCGUGUCUUCUUCGUACUCACGCAACCCGCCAAGCGUUCUGGAAACCAAAGCAGCUCUAUGGGCGUUAGCUCAUGUAUGUUCCUCUGGCUUUGGCCGGACGUGGUUGGCUCAACAAAAGAAGCUAGUCGGUUCUUUCAAGCUGCUUGCCACCGAGGCUCCAUGUGUCGGAGUACGAACUACCGCCUGGUUGUGUCUAAACCUAAUUACUUUCAAACUUGGCGGUGGUGCUUUUGCUGAACUUGCUUCACCACCCUCCACUGAUGCUGCUUGUGACGACGGUUGCGCAUGGAUUGCAAGCGAUGGUUUCUGCUCCACUUCAGCCCGUCGACCAGCUAUUCCUCUCACUAACACAAUCGAUCACGGGAACUGCGGUGAUUUUGCACAAUCCGCAACUGGAACCGUUUUCUCGGUAUCACAAGUUUCGCAUUCACUUACCUCAACGCUUCCGAAUGGCAUGGUGUACGAAACGGCUACGGCCGUCUAUUCCUCGGCACCAACUGUCGCCGGAAAACCGCCAUCAAACAGUUCCAAGUUUUUGAAGGUUUUGACAAAAUAUGGAUCCUCGUCUUCACGUUCACGUCGGUGGUUCGUUCGUCGGGACCCUCCUUGGAGAAAGCAGCUCUCUUCGCCUCCCCUCGGUCUAAUGUCAAGUGUCCACUUGUGUGAUUCAGCUCUUCAUCAAGCGGCGGAUCUUCCAGUCAAAAUCCAUUCAGGUGCUGGUGAUCUGAGCGCGCCGACAACUCAUGGGCCGCACCCUAAUGCGACGUAUGAAUCGGCUACUUGGACCCAUGGGAAUCCGGUGCUGCUCAAUUCUAUCGGCCGGCAGUCCUCAAAUCCGGAAUGUGACCUAGCCCCAAGUAUCCCUGCUCUUGCCACUACUAUUCUAACACCAUACAAAGACUUUGGUUCAUUACUCGCAAAUCCCGUCUGUCUUCCGGUCGAUUUGUGCCAACUCGGGUUCCGUACUAGUCCAUCCCAGUCCACCUGCUGUUUAUCGUCGAGGUCAUGUGAAAAGCGAAUGAGCUCGCUGUCCACUUUGCUCUCCUUUGUCCGCGUGUCCUCUUCUGCUCAAUCCUUGUUAAAACACUGCAACUCAUUAUGGCCAUCCGCUCCCCAAGAUGGGUCCAUGGUCGAAACUGCGCAUUCAAAAAUGGACAACGGGACACCCAGGUUUGUGUCGCCUGUUUCAUCUCUCCGACCUGCUGAAAUCAAGUCAGAACACCCAUAUGCAGGUAGUACCAAGCCCUCAUCUGCUUUUAACUGUAGCUCCAAAGAGGUACAGAGACAGCUUGCGUCCCAUAAUAACGCAUGUCCAUCACUGGACGACACGUCCCCUCCCACUUCGUUUUUUGGGCAUCCUGGGGCUCCUUUUCGCUGCAUAUCUCGCAGAUGCCGUCGUGAGGAUUGUGCUUCGGUACUGCCUACUGGACGCGAUAGCACUGUGUCGGAAACUGCCAGCGCCACCACCACCAUCACACAUGAGUCUUGGAAGGCGCAACUUGUAGACGUGGUCACCUGCUUCCUAUCGAGCAUGUUCUCUGGGGCACACGAACGGGCGCUCAAUCGACUCGUGUGUAUCGCUACAACAGCGCAGAGUCAAGGCGACGUUGGCUGUUGCUCUGAUUCGCCAGAGCCAUUGUUCGAUGCAUGCGCGUACGCCCACGUGGCGCAUCUGCUAGCCACCUACACAUUCCCUCUGGAGAGUCGUGCCAAAAUACAAUCGGCUCUAUCACGGCUGAGAAUGGACGAACUUCUCUUGGACGCCAAAGAUGCGGUAACGGAACUGGAAGAAGCGGUUCGUGCACUUUGCCCAUCUGCUUCGGUUGAUCCACAUCAGCCGAUGCAUUGAACCUCCCUCUUUAGGUGUGCCAGUCUCUUUCUUGCUGCAGCUCCCCACCUUGAUCACACCGGUCUUUCCACUCCACUCGCGCCACCUGCCUCUCUUCCAUGUUGCGCCGUUGCUCUUUCUAUCCCGCUUGGUCUGUAACUAAUUUAAUAUGCGCCAAUCUUUUCUCUUGUAUUGCCAUCUAAACACGUCUUUCUCACUGUUUCCACCCCCACCAUCUGCGCUGCUUCGACAACUAUAGGUUUCUUUUUUGCUCGCCUGCUUGUUUCCUCUUUGUACAGCGUGUUUUCAUCGACCUAACUUCGCUCGUAUGUGUACAGCUUUCACCCCAACAUAUUUUCACUUGGAGCAAAAACAGAACCAGAUAAUAGAGAUUAUUUUCUUG